AACCGUGGCAGUGCAUAUAGGCAGGUGCGGGGGGCGGUCGCCCACCUCCGUGAGGGAAAUGAGAAGAAAUAAAGGGAAAAAACAACAGCGAGGUAUCGAGCGAAAGCAUGCACGCUUUAGUGAAGGUUUUCCUCCGGCUGCUUUCCUUCCUGUUGCCUCCCUCCUGGCUGCAGGCGGGUUCAUGCUGGUGGGCCGGGCCUGAGCACCUCCACGACUCGCCACGUCUCAAACGCGUAAAGCCUCUUACAGACGGCGCCCGCCUUCUUCCUCCAACACCGCCUUCUCCUUCUCCUCCUCUUCUUCCUCCUCCUACUCCUCCUCCCCCCCUGCUGCCGCCCAGCCCCGGCUCGCUCGCUGCUGCCGCCGCCGCCACUGCUGCUGCUGCCGCCGCUGCCACUGCUGCCUCCUCCAGUCCCGCGGGCUCUGCGUGGAGGGGGAUCCGGGAGCUCUGGCAGGCCGUGCGCCUCGCGCUAGUCCCGCGAGUCCGAGCAUCCUCCGAGCCUCCCCCGCUGAAGCUGCCGCCGCCUCCUGUGGCUCUGGAGCUGCCCCUGACGCUGCCGACGACUUCCAGCCCCGCAAGCAUGAUGAGCGCCGUCGAGACGGAGCUGGAGCCCGGGGACAUGGGCACACGCGUGACCAUCACCGUGGCCAUCCAGGCGGCCGAGGACGAGGAGCCCGACGAGGAGGAGUCGCUGGAUUAUUGCUCCGGCAGAGGAGAGCUCCCCGGCGGCAGCUGCAGCGAGGACGACAUGGCCAGGCACGAGAAAUCCAGUGGUGCUGGCACGAGUGGAGGAGAGCUGGAAGAGGAGAGCUGGCAGCCGCCGGACCCAGAGCUCACCCAGAAGCUCGUAGCCCAGAUUGAGUACUACCUGUCGGAUGAGAACCUGGAGCACGACGCCUUCCUGCUCAAACACGUUCGCCGCAAUAAGCUCGGAUUCGUCAGCGUCAAGCUGCUCACAUCCUUCAAGAAGGUGAAGCAUCUGACUCGGGACUGGAGGACCACAGCCUAUGCAUUGCGUCAGUCUAAUCUCUUGGAGCUCAACGACGAGGGUCGGAAAGUUCGGCGCCGGACGAGCGUCCCAGUAUUUGCGAGCGAGUCACUGCCCAGUCGCAUGCUGCUCCUGAGCGAGCUGCAGCGCUGGCCUGAGCUGGGCAUGGCAUUGGCAGGUGGAGGCGGGGCUGGAGACGGAAGCCCUGGUGGCGGCGUCGCCCAGCAGGAGCGCCUCAUGGAGCUCCUCCUCAAGGCAUUUGGUGUAUACGGCCCCAUUGCCUCAGUGCGCGUCCUUAAGCCUGGGAAAGACCUUCCUGCUGACCUGAAGAAGCUGAGUGGCCGGUACUCACAGCUGGGCAGUGAGGAGUGUGCAAUUGUGGAGUUUGAGGAAGUAGAGGCAGCUGUCAGGGCCCAUGAAGCCUAUUUGGAUGGGAAUGGAGAUGGCAAAGGCUUGCUUGGGCUCAAAAUGGUGCUGAUUGGCACUAAACCGCCAAAAAAGAAGGUGCAAAAAGAGCGGUCACCAAGAGAGGAGGGCAUUGGGGGGAUGCGCAAGAGUCGUUCGCUAAACAGCAGAGUUCGUGAGCUGCAAUAUCACGACGAUUCGGCGUGUAGUUCUUCAGAAACAGAAAGCAACCCCACCUCUCCGCGACUUGCCCGUAAAUCACGUUCCAGCUGCAACAAGCUGAGCCCAACUAGUGGAGGCCCAGCUAACUUCCACCUGUCUCCUCGCUCCAGCCCCUGGAACAGCCCCAGGGCCAGUCCCAGUGCCCAGCGGAAAGCCACGCCCCAGUCUGGAAAGUCCCCCCUGGCCAGCGAGGGCAGGUUAAGUCCAGAGCCGGGACGCCGCUGGGCGGACUAUUCUUCGGACAGCAGCCUGACCCCCUCAGGGAGCCCCUGGGUUCAGCGAAGGAAGCAGGUGGCCAGUCAGGAGAGCAGCCCUGUGGGAAGCCCCAUGCUCGGUCGAAAGAUCCAGAAUGCAGAUGGGCUCCCACCAGGCGUGGUGAGGCUCCCCAGGGGCCCAGAUGGGACACGUGGGUUUCACGAGCGGGGCAAAGCAGCAGCCACUCAAACUUGACUCGAGAAAAAAAAGGGGGAGGACCCUUGCUACCCCAAAAAAGAAGCAGCACUGGACCGUACAGCAGUGAGGUUCACACCCUGCAGCCCUGUUGGACUUUAAUUGGUCAUGACCUGUCCUGUCCGAACAAACAAGAGAUCACUGAACUUCUAAGUGUCACUGUCUGCUUGACUGACUUUGUCUUUGUAAUACCUUUUUAUCUGGGGGGUUUUGAUUUGAUUUUGCUUUAUAUAAAUGAUGAUUGAUUUAAUUUGACAUUUCUGUUAUUUAAACUUAUCAAUUGACAUUGGAAGAAAGGGAAAUUACUUCAACUAUGCUGGUUUAAAAAAAGCAUUUUUUAUUUUAUUUUUUUAUUUUUUUAUUUAAUCACCCCCCAAAAAAUGUCCUUGGUCCUAAAAAAAAAACAAAAAAAAAAAACAGGUGUGAUUCUGACCUUGUGAAUGUUAAUGUGUGCGUGUUUUGGCGUGGACAGUGGUUUAGGCACAUGGUUUUGAUAACAUCACCAUAUGCCUUGUUGAUAAUUAAUUGUUGAGCACCUAAAAAGCAGCGAUGAAACUUUUGCUCUUUCUGUGGCCAUAACCUCUCCCUGCCGUUUGGUUAAAUAGUAAUCCCUUAAGAGAUGGUUUUUGUUGAGUUUUAAUUUUCUUUAAAUUAUCUUUAAUUUUCUUUUUUAAACAAUACCUUUCUGCCUUUCUUAAACCAUAAUGGUUUAUUUUAGAGGUUACUAUUCUAGCAGGGAUGUGAAUAAGUGAAGCUCUAUCUGCUUUGUUCAAGUGUAGCAUCUAUGAGAUGGGGUAGUGAGGUGUCUGGCUCCAGUGUGUAAAUGCUUUGCUUUUGCCUUUACAGCUGAGCAGAGACCAUGUACAGCUCAUUUCCUAUUGUACAAAUAAAUCACUAUAAUGGCAA